CGGGGUCCACCGGCAUUUCCGCCGGACGCGCGGGCUCCGGGAAGCAUGGAGGCGCCGCGGAGGCUUCGGCUUCGGCUGAGUCGCCGGAGGCUGCCCUCCGGGGGCGGGCCCCCGAGGCCCCGCGCCGGGCCCCUGGAGGACGGCGAGCGCGCGCGGCUGUGGGCCGAGCUGGUGCGCACGGCGAGCGCGGACCUGGGUGUGGACGGCGAGCUGCCGCCGCUGCCCGCCUUCCAAGCCGAGGAGCCCAGGCAGGACCCCGAGCGCGCCGCGCCCCCCGAGGCCUUCACCGUGGGACCCGAGACCUUCCCCUGGACGCCCUUCCCGCCGGCCCCGCGGGGAGGAGGGGGCCCCGGCUGCGCCUACCGGCUGCUCCGCGGGGCCGGCGGGCGCCUGGGGUCCCCCGCCCCGUCGCGGCCAGGAAGCCCCCCGCCUGAGUCCCGCGAGGUGCCCCCGGAGCGGCCGGCGGGGGACAGGGCACAGACCCUGCAGAGCUGCCCCAUGUGCCAGGUCGACUUCGCACCCGGGCUGGCCCAGCUGGACAUCGACAGCCACCUCGCCCAGUGCCUGGCGGACAGCACGGAAGACGUGGCGUGGUGAUAGCCCGCACGUCGCUUUCCAGGACCACUGCCCGGCACGCAGCCCGUGAGAAAGCCGAAGCUACACGUUUAAAUACGUCACCGUGGCCCGGCCAGCGUGGCUCCGUGGUUGAGCAUCGACCUGCGAACCAGGAGGUCGGUUUGAUUCCCAGUCGGGGCACAGGCCCGGGUUGCGGGCGCCAUCCCCAGGGUGAGGCAGGCAGCUGUUAAGAUUCUCAUCAUUGAUGUUUCUACCUCUCCCUUCCUCUCUGAAAUCUGUGAAAACAUGUUUUAAAAAAACACACAAAAACUUGCUUCCUGGAAACACUUUUAAGGAAAAUAACCAGAGUAAGCGCUUCAUGAAGGUCUGUAAUGAUGAGAAGGAACAGCGGCCACGGCUGGUGGGCGAGUGUCGGCCACAGCAAAGCGGGGGCCACGGCCCUGCUAGUGGCACGAAACCACAGGACGUGGCGACUCCAAACCUCAGGCCAACGGCCCUCCACCUUCUUUACUUUGUAAAACGGCUGCGUGUAGCUCCCACCACCGUGCACAGCGCUCCCCACACGCUGUCUGCAUCAGCCAACCCGGAACCGAAGCGAACCACCCCUGACGGGUGCCUCCCGUGGACACAUCCAGGGCCCGGUGCUGCCCUUGCGGCACCUGGCGCAGCGCCCUGCGAGGAGGAAGGCGCUCCCCGGCGUUCCUGUCACGGUUGCCCUCCCCAGGCCACCGGCCCUGGCCAGUCCCGACUGACCGCUCAGCUCCCAUCCGGGCUCUGCUGCUGGACACCCGCCGGUGGGGACGAGGUGCUCCGGGUCUUGGUCGGCGUUUCCUGGCGACACGGGUCUGGCGGACACAAGUCUCCAUGAUGCAUGAAGGCCCGGGUGAGGACAGGGCGGAGCCUCGCGUUCCUGCCGCCGUUGCCCUGAGCGUGGGCUGCGCGAGUGCAGCUGAGCUGACGGCUCCACGCGGCAGCCUCUUGGUGUCACUGUUCCUCCCAUCCUCCUGCCCCAACCGCCAGCCCCGCCCCACGGAGGCGCAGAGGGGCCUGGACGCUGGGGGACGCGGUGUCCAGCUAAUGUGCUAGGGACUUAAGAACCCGUUAGAUUCACCUCUUUCUAGAAAACCUUCGGUUUGGCUUGCACGCAGCGCCUUAACCCGAGGAGGAGGGAGCGGGGACGCUGCCACCCCGCAGGCUGGGAGCCGGCCCUGCCGGUGCGCAGGGCGCCUGCGGUUCCGGGUCCUUCGCUCUACGCCUCGCCCGUCACACACGCGUCUUAACUGUCCUAACUCUGGGCAACACCGGAACCACCGGCACCGACAAAAACGUUGCCCGAAUCUAACACGUGACACAAGACAUCAGGUAGGCACUGCGCAGUGUUUGCAGAAAUAUAUUUGAGCAGAUUUAGUUUCCA